CUUCCUUCUUCCCUCUUCCCUCGUCCUCUCUCUCCCCCUUGGUCUCUCGCUUCCUUUUCUCUCUCGGUCCCCCUCUCUCUUCCUCUCUAUUCCUCUCUCCUUCCUUUUUCUUUCUCUCCUUUUUCCACCCUCCCCCUCCUUACAUCAUAGAUCAUAGACCAGAUUCCUUCCGAGGGAAGAAGUAUGCCACAACAACCGAAUCUCUACGAACACAUUGUGGUGGAUACUAGUGAUGAAGAUUCGCUCUACGACGCCCAAUCAGUCGUCGAUUCCAACCUGACCCUUUCUUCCUCGGUGCGCGACUACUGCUACGAGAAUGGCCGUCGCUACCACGCCUACCGCUACGGCCAAUACCCGAUGCCCAACGACGAGGAAGAGCAAGACCGCCUGACGCUCAUGCACCACCUCUUCAAGUUGCUCAUCGGCGGCGACCUCAACCGCGCCCCCAUCUUCCAGCAGGGCGUGCCGCGCCGCAUGCUCGACGUCGGGACCGGCACCGGCAUCUGGGCGCUCGAGAUCGCCGAGCUGCUGCCGGACGUCGAGAUCGUCGGCACCGACCUCAGCCCCAUCCAGCCCAGCUGGGCGCCGCCCAACUGCACCUUCCACAUCGACGACGCCGAGAGCGACUGGACCUUCACCGGCGACGAAGCCUUCGACUACAUCCACGCCCGCACGCUGGGCGGCGCCAUCGGCGACUGGGGCAAGUUCUUGCGCCAGGCCUACAGCCACCUCAAACCCGGCGGCUGGCUCGAGAUCCAGGAGUACGAGGCCUGGUUCAAGGCGGAUGACGGCACGCUGCACCAGGGGCACCUGUUGACGGAUUGGCAGGAGAAGUUGGACACGGCCAGCUGUCAGUUCGGCAAGAGGAUGAAUAUCGCGCCUCAUUUGGAAGGCUGGAUGCACGAGGCGGGGUUUGCCAAUGUGACCGAUGAUGUGUAUAAGUGUCCCGUCGGCUCUUGGCCCAAAAGUCCCCGGUUGAAAGAGAUCGGACGAGUCGGCAAAGUGACGACCUUCGAGGCCGUCGAGCCCUACUCGCUGGCUCUGUUCACUCGCGUUCUGGGCUGGACGUUCGAAGAGGCCCAGAACUACGUGAAUAAAGUGCGUGCGGAGCUUCUCAGUUCCCCGUACCAUAGCUACGUCUUGUUCCAUUAUGUCUAUGGGCAACGGCCGCUGGAUGGGUGAGAUUUCAUGGCUUGAAAACCAAAAAGGCGCAACGAAUUUUCGACGAGGUUUAACGACGAUGAUUAUAUGACUGUUGUAUAAAUUUUGGGUUUGUGCCGGGGUUUACUGUUCGGGUUUAUUUUCUUUUUCUUGAAUACCCUCUUGUUUAUUUUCAUGGCCUGGUGUAUAUAUAUGAGCGAGACGGUUUUUUCAACAUUUUCUCAA